AUGGAUUUGUGUGUAGAGAGUUGUACUAUGAGAGGACAGAGCUGUUUGGCAGCCAGACAUCAGUCAACACAGCAGUGCUGGACAUAUGUGAUCUGCUACAGGCUUUACUCUGUUAAUAUGAUGGAUUUGUGUGUAGAGAGUUGUACUAUGAGAGGACAGAGCUGUUUGGCAGCCAGACAUCAGUCAACACAGCAGUGCUGGACAUAUGUGAUCUGCUACAGGCUUUACUCUGUUAAUAUGAUGGAUUUGUGUGUAGAGAGUUGUACUAUGAGAGGACAGAGCUGUUUGGCAGCCAGACAACUAGAGUUGUACUAUGAGAGGACAGAGCUGUUUGGCAGCCAGACAACUGUAAACACAGCAGUGCUGGACAUAUGUGAUCUACUGCAAGCUUCUUUGUGGGAGCUGCGAGUAUUGUCAACCUCCAAGGGACUUGUGGCUGGCAACCUCACAAUCGUUACUGCUGAUAGAGAGGUCAUAGACUUUUCUAAACCUGGAGGAGUAUUGGUGCCACAAGACGUGAAUGGAAUAUUAAAGAUUAAAUCCUCUGCCAAAUUCAUUCUUAUCGUUGAAAAAGAUGCUGCUUUUCAAAAGCUGUUGGAUGAUGGUGCUCAUGUGAGGUUAGGACCCUGCAUUAUUAUCACAGGCAAAGGAGAGCCUGAUAUCAACACAAGAUUGUUUGUCUGCCGACUCAGUCGGGAACUGGCAAUCCCAGGGUUGAUUUUGGUAGAUGCAGACCCUUACGGUAUUGAGAUCAUGUGCACUUACCGUUUUGGAUCAUUGACCAUGAUCCAACACUCGGCGGAGCUAGCUGCACCAGAACUGCGUUGGGUCGGACUUCAUCCAACUGAUAUUCAACGCUUGGCAAUACCAACUGUGCCUCUAACGAGCCUGGACUUUGCCAAAGCCAGGGAGCUCAGCCGUCGACCGUACAUCGUACAAGACGAACAGCUCUUAGAACAGGUUAACUGGUUGUUGGAAAAUGGCAGAAAGAGUGAGAUAGAAAACCUUACAGCCUGCUCUCAAACUUUUCUCACCGACAUGUUCCUGCCUCAUAAGAUAACAGCUAGGAACGUCAUUUAGUUAGUUUAGUUCACUACAAUAUUUGACAUUAUUUGAAUGUCUUAAAAAAAAAGAUAUUUUAUAAGUGUUGCACACUUUUUGACACAUUUCCUACUGUACUGAACUAUAUUGCUCUAAUUGAUUAUUAAUCAUAUUUCCUUUUUAGUUGUUAAGUUAAUGGCUUAGUAAAUAAUUAGGCCUAUAUUAUUAAUAGUAUCAUUCACUUUAUUGUUAAAUUAUGGCUAAUAAUGUAAUUUGUUUGUAUUUUUACUUUCUAUGGUUUGCCGAGUAAAUGU